AGAAAAAUUCCCUCCUUUUUUGAUGAAAAUCCUGUUAAAUAAUAUAAAGGAAUGCUUUCAAAAAAUCUUAAAGAGAAGUGAAUUUGGGAAGACAUCUGUAUGCAUAAUAGUAUCAUUGGAUGUAGAUGCAAUAUGUGCAUUAAGAAUUUUGACAGUAAUCAUAAAAAAGAUAAGAAUAGUCCUUAUUGAAUAGAGAGAAUCUACAAUUUCGAAUGAUUCCAGUGACAGGAUAUUCUGAGAUGACUGAGGCUAUUUAAAAAUGUGGAAAUAUGUAUAAGAGUAUAAUAUUAUUGAAUUGUGGAAAUGUAUAUGAUAUGAGUGAGUUUGUCAAAGGAGAUGUUAAGUUCUUUUUAUUUGACAGUCAUAAACCAAUCAAUCAUAACAAUGUCAAUAAUGAGAAAAGUAUAUAUAUAAUUGAUGAUGGAAUGGGAUAAUUAGAAAAAUGUCCAGAUGAAGAAAUCAAAGAAAUGAGUGAAGAAGAUGAAGAUUCACUUGAAGAAGAUGAUUCAGGAUCACAUUCAUCAUAAAUAUAAAGAAAAUAAUAGUUAAAAUUAUAAAGAAGUCUUCGCAAAUAACUCAUCUAAAUGCAUGAAGAUUAUUACAGUUAAGGAACCUAUUACAGUAGACCAAGUUCUACAGUUGUAUAUACUUUGGCUUAAUAAAUGAAUCAUGAUUGUAAUGAUCAUUUAUGGUAUGCCAUUCUUGGAUUAACAGAUGCUUAUAUUCAUAUGAGAUUAAACUAAAAGAAUUAUGAUAUCAUCUUUGAAGAAUUACAGAAUGAAGUUAUCAGAUUGAAUAUUCAUUAUGAAGAAACUUAAGGAGAUAACAAAAAAAUUGGAGGAGUCUUUAUUGAAAAUGAAUACAAAUUCCUUCUUAUGAGAUAAUAAUCCCUUUAUAAUUCUAUGUAUUACUCCUCUUAUGUUGGUACUAAACUUAAAUUAUGGAAGGAUAGGGAUAAUAAAAGAUUAGAAGAGUUUAUGGCUAAAUUAGGUAUUCCAUUAAAUGAAGCAAAAUAGGAUUUUAGAUACAUGAAUUAAAAAUUCAAAAAUAUAUUGAAAUCUUAAAUUGCAGAAGUGGCAUCCAAAUUUUAAAUGGAUGAUAUCCUUUAUAGAUCUUUUGUUCGUUAAUCUGAUACUAAAAUUUAAAUUGCUGCCAGUGAUAUGGUUUAUGCUGUUAAUGCAAUACUUGAAUAUCCUUAAGCUUUGUUAUCUAAAUAAUUAAUGUAACAUUAGUGUUCUGAGGUUAUUGAAAAGUUGAAAACAUCUGAAACUGCAGCUAGAUUUUAGAAUUUCUUUUGUGCCUUAGAUACUUUAGGAAGGUAUAACUUUAUUAUCUAUUUUUUUAGUAAAUCUGAUGAUUUAUUUUAACAAGGAGUUCAAAUGGCUUUAGAAUUUUAAGCUGCUCUUGUUGACGAAGCUAAUAAUCUUAUAGAAAAUAAUGAAUUGUAUCCAUGUAAACAUUUCAGAUAUGGAAUCUUAAAAAAUGAAAGUCCUUAACAAAAGAAGUUCUUUUAACAUCCUUAAAGCUUACAAAAAUUGGCACUUUUACUUAUGGAUAUAUAUAAAGAAAAAGGAUACAAAUAAUCAAAUAAAUCAGUUAUUUUAGUAAAUUAAUUGGGUGAGCUAUUUAUGGUUGUUGGUGUUGUUGGUGGAAUGAGUUUUAGUGGUUAAGAAAAAAAGUAUAUACUAUUCAUUCUUAUCAUUUCAGUUAAUUUGGAUAAUAUUUCCUUAGAAAAGUUCAAGAAUUGAAUCUGUAAUUUAGACAAGACAGUUUUGAAACCUCUGUUAUUGAGAUUCAUAAAGAUGAUUUUCCAAACUUUAUUGAUGCUAUCACCGAUUUUAAAAAAAAUUGA